CGUUUUUUCAACCGGAAAUGAAACCCACGAAGAAGAAGUGUUUCGCCCCCUCGCAGCUUAUGUACCAGAAGCCAUGAGUUGCGCGGGCAAAGGGAGGCAGUAAGUCUGAGUCUGUAGUUUGUGUGUCGGUGACUUCCAGAGCGUCGUCAUGAUGCUGGAGAGGAGCAGAGUGAUGGUGGUUGCGGACAUUAUCUUCAGCAGGAAACACGUUCCGGUCAGCGAGGAAGAAACUGUUCACUGUCGCUGCUCCAGAGCCUUCGUACUGGACAGAGAGUUGUUUCGCUCUGAUAAGAGACUGUUUCCGUCUGACCAAGCACACUGUGAAGUUCAAGAAUCAGAAGAGGAAGAGGAGGAGGUUUUGGAUGAAGAAUCUCAGUUAAUGGCUCAAAUGGGUCUUCCCUUGUCCUUUGCCAGCUCCUCUGAUCAGAGGAAAGAGAGAAGGAGGGUACACCGGACGAUUGUCACUUACCACAGGGAGGAAUCGUCGGAACAUCAAGAGGAUGAGGAGGAUUUACAGAGUUAUAAAAACGUUGAUGGAAGUAAGAAGAAGGUGUAUGAUCCACUGAAAUCUGCAGAAGGCAUCCAGGAUGCUGGAUGGGAAACCUACUGGGCUGAACAUGGAGAAGCUCUGCUGUGGGAAAGCUGGCUGGAGAAGCAUCCAGAGACCAAAGUGGUGUCUACAGACAAUCCUGGAUCAGUUCCUGCUCCUUGGGAUAACCCAGAUACAAAAGUGAUGUGGGAGAAGCAUGCUACAGAUACCUACUAUACAUACUGGGAGUGUUACUCCUACUGGGCAGCCCAGGGCUGGACUGCUGACUAUCCUGGCAGGAAAGGGAAUCCUGGUGGAGAAGAAACAUUAGAGCUGAUGGAGACUCUUGUACAGAAGCAGAGUGAAGAUUCUCAGCAGGUUGCUGGCCUUCCUACCAGGCAUUGCAGCUCAGAGAAGAAAACUUUAAAAAGGGAUGAUGAUGAUGAGGAGGAGGAUGAUGAUGAACAGCCAAACGGUCAUUUUAAAGUGAAAAGCAGUCAUGAGCUGGAUGUGGAGGAGUGUCCACAGCUCGCAUCCGAAUCAGUCUGGUCUAAACUGGGACUCAAGCACAACCUGCACCCACGAUUUGCCACUGUCAUCAGCUUUAAAGGCUCUAAAAGUCCAAAGUAUCAGAAGAAGUGGUGUACCAACAAGGUAGUCAGUAACAAACACAAGAGGUUUUCAGAGGAUGGAGAAGACGUACUGCCACAGACCAGCGCCUCUCUUUUCAAGGUUCAGAACUUCCUUGAGAAGGUGCAAAGGGACAAACAGAUAAGUGAGUUUGACCGGUGUGAGUGGCGAAGAGAAAACAUACCUGAGGAUAAACCCCAACACCUGAUGAUGGGAGAAGAAGAGAAGAAGAGGAACAAGGCCAUGAAGAGAGUUAAGACUCAAAAUGAAGAUCCUGUGGUUGAAGAAAGUUCUUCUGAAUCCAGUCAUGAUGAAAGGACAGAGGAGUGCAGUUCACAAAACACUGCCUUCACCUUCACCACGGAGUCCGUGGAGGUUGUAAGGGAACAUCCGUCUCUACAAACUCCAGACUUUCUGCUGUCGGACACAUGUGAAGAGCUGAGUGUGAGGUGCAGGAAGAAACCAAAGAAGAAGAAGAAGCGAAGAAAGACGCAGCAGGUCCCUGCAGAGAUGGCAGCCGAUCCUGAAUUAGCUAAAUACUGGGCUCAGCGCUACAGACUCUUCUCUCGGUUUGACGAAGGCAUCAAGUUGGACAGAGAGGGAUGGUUCUCUGUGACACCAGAGAGGAUUGCGGAGCACAUCGCUCUCCGAGUGGCGCAGAGCUCCCCCAACUCUCAGCUGGUAAUAGAUGCCUUCUGUGGUGUGGGAGGAAAUGCCAUCCAGUUUGCUCUCACUGGAAGAAGAGGUGGCAUCUCUGGCAGGUCCAGGAGGGAAAGUCGAGGUGGAGCAGAAUUUUCUGAACAACAAGCUGAAGACUGUGACCGCUUACUUUGGGAACAUGAUUGUGUCAAACUGCUAGCAAAGUCACAUGUUAGUAUAGUUCAGUACUGAUGUGGUUGUUACUGAACAGUUAUCGUUUUACCUGUUUUUAUUGCAUCUCUGAGACCAAUAAAUCUGAAUAAAUGC